AUGAUGGAACGGAUGAUGAGGCAGAAGAGGCUGCACACCGACUGGAAGCCGUCAUCGGCGAUCAAAGUGCGGAGUCGGUCUUGGCCCGCGAUGAUGCAGACCAAAGUCCGAUUUACUCGCCACGGAGAAUAGCCGUCAAUAUCAUUGUCAUACAUGAUCCCUCAACUAAAUAUUUACACGGGCAUCCUCGUAAUCAAGUCAUCUCAACCGAAAGACUUCUUACAGACGUCUACCUUGAUGGCCUUCGCAUGAUGCAAUUCGGAGUCGACAGGGGCGAAGGAAACAAUGCUGCAUUCCUCGGCGCAAGCAUGCGACAGACACAAGGGAUGUUGCUCAAGGGUCACCUGAAGCGAACUCUUCCUGUUAAAACGGUGACGAAUAACAGGCUUGUUCCUGGUAUCGGGACUUGA